AUGACAACCAACGGCAUCAACGGCUAUUCCGCCAAGUUACACAACAACAGAGCCAAAUCGAUUGUCGACGCGGCAUAUGCAGGCAAAUAUGCGAUCGCGGCUGUGUGCUGCUAUAACCUUGAGGCAGUACUGGCGACCGUGCGAGCAGCUGAGGCCAAGCGAUCACCGGCAUUGAUUCAACUGUUCCCCUGGUCGAUCGAGUUCGCAGACGGUCUGCUGCUACACGCGGCGGCCGAGGCGGCAGACAAGGCGUCGGUACCUAUUGGAGUUCAUAUGGAUCAUGCACAGUCGCCGGACAUCAUCCGACGCUCAGCCGACUUGGGUGGAUACGAUGGCAUUAUGGUCGACAUGAGCCACUAUGACAAAGAAGAGAACAUGCGACUGAGCAGGGAAUUGGUCGCGUACUGCAACGCUCGCGGCAUCAUCACGGAGUGUGAGCCCGGUCGCAUCAACGGCGCCGAGGACGGCAUCCAAGACACCGAGGGGAUGGAGGAGAUCUUGACCACGCCUGAACAGGCCGAGGAGUUCGUCGCCCUAGGUAUCGACUGGCUGGCUCCAGCAUUUGGCAAUGUCCAUGGUCCCUAUGGCCCCAAGGGUCCGCAGCUCGAUUUUCCUCGUUUGAAGCGCAUUCAUGACCAGGUCGGCGACCGCGUCAGACUAGUGCUACACGGCGCUCAUGAAGACUACUUCAAAGAGGAGCUGCUUAGGAAGUGCAUCUCUUACGGCAUGUGCAAAGUCAACGUCAACGGUCCUGUCGCAGCUGCGUGGACGAAGGUCCAGGGCGAAUUGACUGGCAAAGUUCCCCUGACCACGGUCAUUGAGAAACAAGUCGACGCGAUGCAGGCCGUGGUAGAGUAUCAUAUGGAUUGGUUGAUGUCGACGGGCAAGGCGUAG